AUGGAGAAUCUCAGCGAGCUCCAGAACCCGUUGUUGGACAAAAACAGUAAGCACAUGGUCAACGGUUACGGGGGCGACUUCCCUAAUAACCAGUACCAGGAAAACAUUAUUAAUUACUUUGCUGGAGGUGGAGGAGAAGGAGGAGGAGGAGGUGGUGGAGGAGGAGGAGGUGGCGGAGGAAAGGUGAACAACGGCAACGUGAUGAGCGGAGGUAGUUACAACACCAACGGGAAGGUAAAAUCUCAGCAGCUUCUGGACGCCACCUCGCUGCACCUGGCGGUCGAGGCGUUCUACAGGCCCAACUUCAUCCUGUACAAGGAGGACAGCGACGGCAUCAAGGCUAAGGAAUACAAAAGCGAGUGCUGCGAGACCACGUUCACGGAGAAGAAAGCCAAGGAGGCGUCCAACGCGGCGGGGGCGGACACGCCCGCCACCGAGGAUCCCCAGGCGAAGCUGCUGGAGGACGGCGAGCACGUCAAGAUCCAAACGGUUUCCUACGAGGUGGAGGAGGAGGAGUACGUGGAGUACGAGACGGACUGCUCCAGCGACAGCGAGAGCGAGGACAACUUCAUCAUCGUGCCCCCACGAGACCACCUGGGCCUGGCCAUCUUCUCCAUGCUCUGCUGUUUCUGGCCUUUGGGGAUCGCAGCAUUUUACUUCUCACAAGGGACCACCAAGGCGGUGAACAAAGGUGACUUCCCGCUGGCCAACAUCGCCUCCAGACGUGCUUUGUUCCUCGCCGCCCUCUCCAUCACCAUAGGCACCGGCGUGUACGUGGGCGUGGUGGUCGCGCUCAUCGCCUACCUUUCGAAACCAGGACACAUAUAG